AAAUGGCACAAAUCAAUAUAUUUUUUUGUUCAAGAUCACAGCCUACCAGUAGGUAAAUUCAGUUUCACAAGAAAAGGGUAAGAGAAAUUGGAGAAUGACCAAAAUACCCCCUUCCCCUCCAUCUAUUUCUGUGUUUGUGCUCCUCUACUGUCUCCAUCUCCCUUCUCUUCUGCUUCCGAUCUGCAGCGCCUUCCGCCUCGCCGGCGAGCAAGCCGGCGCCGUCGACGGCCUCCUCUCCCUCCCGGACCCGCCCUCUGCCCUCCUCCCCUGCGCGACCUCCUCGCUCGCUCGCCCGCCCGCCCGACCUCCGUCUCCGGUUCGCGUCCAAUUUUGAGGAGUGAAAUGGAUGGGGUUGUCGCCGCUUCGGCUGAUGCCACCAGGGACGAGAUUAAGAUUAUGAAUGUGUACAUAUGGGACAUGGAUGAAACCCUCAUUCUGCUCAAGUCGCUGCUGGAUGGCUCGUAUGCUGGUGCCUUUGAUGGCCUCAAGGACCAUGAUAAGAGUGUUGAUAUAGGGAAGAGGUGGGAGAAUCUCAUUCUGGAACUCUGUGACGAGCAUUUCUUCUAUGAGGAGAUUGAGAAUUACAAUGAACCCUUUCUCAGUGCUGUCAAAGAAUAUGAUGAUGGGAAAGACUUGACAACAUAUGAUUUUGAAGCUGACUGCUUUAGUUCGCCUUAUGAUGAUCUGAAUAAAAGGAAGCUUGCUUACAGGCACCGUGCUAUUGGAGAGAAGUAUACAAAGGGUUUGGAAAAAAUUCUGGACCACCACAUGAUCAAAGUCUGGAAUGAUCUGUAUAGCGCGACCGACAAAUACACCGAUGGUUGGCUUUCUUCAGCUCAUAAGUUGUUGGAAGAAGCAAUGGGUAAAUCAACAGCUGAGUCCACUGCCAAACAUUCAAGCAUCAAUUGCAUAGUUACAUCAGGGUCCCUGAUUCCAAGUCUUGCCAAAUGUUUGCUCUAUCGUCUGGAUGAUGUGGUUGCAUUCGAGAAUGUUUACAGCUCCUGGGAAGUCGGGAAACUGCAGUGCUUCAAAUGGAUCAAGGAGCGCUAUGAUGGCCCAAACGUCCGUUUCUGUGCAAUCGGAGACGGACACGAAGAAUGCACCGCUGCGCAGAUAAUGAAGUGGCCAUUUGUCAAGAUCGAGUUCCACCCUGAUGCCCCUCAUAGGUUCCCUGGCCUGAACCUUCCAACCAUUCAUCGCAUCAUGGAUACCGUUUAUGAUUCAUCGAGCAACGAUGGUUAACCAACAUCCUGUUGGUCCUCCUGUUUACCUCAGUCCUCCGAUGCCGGCAUUUGCCAAUUGCCGUGGAGACCUUGUUAAAGGAAAUUGUAAGCAGAGAGAUGCGAUGGGAAGGCAUAUUGCUGACCCUCUGCCUGGAGAAUUAGGAGGCUGGUGUGUGAUAAAUAAAGCGUCCGACUAGUUCCGGCAUGUGUUUCUAGAAAGAUUCUGUGCUGUUCGUGUUGCCAUUUUACUCUGACCAGGCAAAUCGUUCGUCUGUUGGUUGUUGUAUGUAUCCCGGCCAUUGUGGUCGCCGGCGGUGUGCAUUGGCAUUUCAGGUGAUUUUGUACAUAUGCUUCUUCUUCCUUAGAGUUGGUUGAUGAUGAUUCUCGUCUGAACAAUGAAUAGGAAGUGUAGCAAGAUCCUUGCGAUGCAUGGGGGGUGCUAGCUUAUGAUUCUUGUUGGGUACAUUUCAUAUGUAGAAAAUUUCACAAAUUCAAUAGGAACAUUGUGAUAUACUAGUGAAGAGCCUUUUCACUGGUUGAGUAAAUUUUUAACCUACUGAUAUAUGUAUAUGAAACAUACUACUAGUUUUUAUUUA